AACCUCCGUGGAGUGGCACGUUUUCCGCGCUUUCCAUAGAUAAUAUAACAGUGUUCCCGCGUAAAGUUCACAGAUAUUUAAAUAGCAAAUAUGAUAUUAUAAACUACACACAAACACAAUUUACAACUUAGAUACAAUUUUGAAUACCUUGUAUGUAUAUAUACUCAGCUGUCACACCAAAAAAUACGAGACAACAAUGCGGUGGUAUAUAUUCAGUGCAUUAGCACUGAUUAGUGUCGUAUGCGGCCAAGAAAUUCCAGAGACAUGCCUGUCUGUUGACCCGGAACCGUACCUGCUGUUUGGAACGAAGACAGCGUACACCUUCUCCAACAGAGGCGUGCCUGUGGUCCGGUCGCAUGAGGUUCCUGGUUGUCAACCCGCAGCAAUUUGGUUGCUGAAUCGGCACGGAUCACACAACCCUGAAGCAGACGAAUUAUCUGAACUACAGAAGCUAAUAGAUUUCAAGAACAACGUCAUAUCCAAUUACAGGAACGGAAAUUUUAGAAAUACAAAUCAACGCAUGUGUGCGGCUGACGUGAACCUCUUAGAGCAAUGGACAUGGAACUCUCGGCAGAACGCGACAUACGCUGGUGACUUGACCACGGACGGUUACAUGUCAACGCAGCAACUUGCCCAAGCAUGGAAAUCCAAGUACCCUGGACUAUUCACUGAUAACCGUUAUGAUUACUUGUUCAAAUAUGUUAACGACCAACGAUCUAGUACUACAUUCCGUGCGUUUACUGAGGGACUGUUUAGGGACCAGGCUGAAGGAAUGGAUGUUCCCAAAGAGACCGACGAGAAAUUACUUCGGCCUUACAAAUUCUGCCCAGCGUGGACGAGAGAUGUCGAAGAAAACAAUGAAACGCUAGCACAACUUAGAACAUUUGAAUCUAAGCAAGAAUAUAAAGAGAUGAUAACUAACAUCUCAUUGAGACUUGGUUUUACCUACGAUAUAAGUCUUGCGACAGUUUUAAGCAUGUACGAAAUGUGUCGUUACAACAAGGCGUGGGAAAUCGAAAAAAUAUCGCCCUGGUGUUCUGUUUUCACAAAAGAGGAUAUUAAACGACUUGAGUUUUCGGAAGAUUUGGAAACGUAUUACAAAUACGGAUACGGUACUCCGAUGAAUCAAAAAAUUGGUUGCACAGCUGUAAAGGAUAUGAUGGACUUCUUUAAAAUUCACUUAGAUCAAGAAACUCCUCAGCAGCCGAAAGCUACAGUCCAUUUCACGGAAGCGGAAAUGAUACUUCUUACUCUGACAGCGCUCGGCGGAUUCAGAGAUUCAGCUCCCCUUACUGGUGACAAUUACCAUACACAGACCGCAAGAGAACGACGCUGGAGUUCCUCUAACAUGUCCCCAUUUAACGCAAACCUGGCUGCCGUGCUUUACAAGUGUGUACCAAACAAUAACAUAAAGAUCAGAGAGCCAUACCAGGUGUUAUUCCUUUCUAACGAGCGCACCCUGUACUUAGAGGGCUGUAAUGUUGGCCUUUGCGAUUGGAGUCUAGUCAAGAACCGCCUUGGUCUAGUCGCUGAUAACUGUGAGCUAAGUUUUUGUAAUGGAGCCAAUAAAGUUAACUUUAUGGGGAUUGGCGUUGUUGCCAUCUUUGCUUUAUGUAGAUUUAUAUUUUGAAUAUGUGAUGUAAUUACCGAUGUUAGCAUUUAUUAAAAUUUUAAUGUUUGUUACUUACUUGUACAGAUACGCACUAAUGUGGUGCUUUAGCGCAUUUGGACCCUUUAAGCCCGAAUAAUUAAUAGUCAAAAAUAUACGUGAAUCUCAAAAGCUAUAGGAAACUAUAAAAUCAAUAGCUAAGCUAUAUCCACCGAAGGCUCGAAUGUCCUGUUUUUAGCUAAACUUAUUUUUCAGCCCGUCACUUAAUUAUAUUGCUUAUUGUCAUUUAAUGAUCAUAAACUAUGAACGAUAUUAACUAUAUGGAUUUAUAUGCUUUAUAUUUCAAAGAUUUUAUUUGUUUUCUGCAAAAUUUAUUAACAUUAAGUUUUAAGUGUUAAAGAGUACCUACCUAACGUCUAGGUUAUAGAAUUUAUAUUUUGUACUUAUUUUUGUAGCAUUAUUAAAGACCAUAGAUCAUGUAGAGUUUCUGUAUAGAGUACAGAUAGAGACGAUUGUAGACAAUUAAUCUAGCGGGUACCUUAGUCAUUCAAUAAAAUUUUAGCUAAAAUGGUAUUAAACCACAGAUAUAGAGUAGUGUGAGUAGUGAUACACCUUUUUUACCUACCUUCCAAUUGGAUCUAUGGUGGUCGAGACAAGUCAGCGUGAUCAAGCCAACACGAAAAUUUAUUUGAUUGAAUCAAGAAAAUUUUGAGCUUUGUAUAUUGGCAUAGAAUUGUAAAAUUUGCCGCAUUAUGCCAAAUUUAUACGUUAUUAUAUUUUUAAUGCUUUCGUAUAAUUAUAUAAGACUAUUUUAGUUAAAUUGUUGAAUCCCACAAAAGCUUCAUGAUGUCAAAUUAAAAAAAAUAAUCGUGUGCGAUUUUUAAACAAAAAUAGUCUAAGCGUUUAUAAACGGUUGUUAAUGUUUUUUUUAUUUUAUUUUAUCACAAUAGUUAACACAUUGAAAAUAAUUGUCUUGCACCAGAGCUUUAAGUGUUAGAAAUAAAAAUGUUCUCAAAAUC